AUGGAGUCAUCAUCCGAGGUCAAAAGAUCGACCCAAGUCAUCACUAUACAACCAAAUGAUACAGUACUGACUGCAUUUCCCUAUGAACCUCAUACCUCUCUGUUGGAUUUCCUGAAGGGAGAACCAAAAGUCUUAGGGGCUAUCCAGAUCCUGCUGGCACUGAUCACUGGGGGCGUCGGAACUAUAUUUGCAUUUAAUUACAUCAAUUUCUCCCAGAAAUUUCCCCUCGUUUUCCUCACAGGAUAUCCAUUCUGGGGAGCACUUAUUUAUGUUAUUACAGGAUACCUCACAGGAAUCAAUGACAAGGAAAAACGUCUGAGACGAGGUGUCACGGCCAUGAACGUUAUCAGUUCCUUGGUUGCAGUGGCUGGGAUUACUCUAACCAUUAUCAGCUACAGAUACCAGCACAAGUACUGCCAGAUGCCUUCCCUCGAAGGAAUAUGUGUUAUAGGUAGAAUUCUUUUCAAUGGAAUUUUGUCAGUCUUACUGAUCAUCAGCAUAGCAGAGCUCAGCAUUGCUGUGACUAUCGCCUCCUUCAGAAGCAAGUGCUGGACAAACUCCGAUGAGAUUGUAUUUUUCUUGCCUUCGGAUGUUACUCAAGAUAGUGAACUAUCUGCCCCUGAAGAAAAUGCUGCAAUACAAUUUGAGCUUCAAGAACAGUCUUCCACUGAUGAUUCAACGACAUACAAGCAACGUGUUUUCAUUGGAGGCUAUACUUUCUUCAAGUUAAGAAUCUCAAGAAAUCCUUUAGCUUUUCAACAUUCAAGGAAGAGAGGCAGCAAUAUUUACUAUACAUCUUCUGCAUCUGUGCUAGAUGAACCUAAAAAUAUCCCUCCACCUUCACAACAUCAUGAAGAACAAACUAAGCUGAAAUCUUUGUCUCCCACAUCAGAGAAAAAGCCCACAGAAAAUACUCCAUACACUGAACAACUGAAAGAUGAAGACCUAAAAUCUGCUAUCGCACAACCCCCAAGAAAGCAAACCCAAAUGGUGCAGUCCCUAGCUCCACCACUCCAAGUUUUUCCAUCCUAUUCCAUAAAAAAACUCCAAGUGUUACCAACCAAACACUUGCUGUCCCAAGCUCUGCCAGUACAAGCCCCAACACCCUAUGUCACACAGCCUCAUGGCCAGACAUCGGAAGACAUGCCAUACCAAGACGUAUCAUCCCAAGACACACAAUCCCAAGACAUGAUAUCCCCAUAUCCACCAUCCCAAGGCAUAACUAACCAAGAUCUGCUUUCUCAAGUACCAGGUCUUCCAGCACAAGUCAUGCUAUUUGAAGCUCCAACAUUCCAUGCUGCACAGUCCUCUAAUAUAAAACGCCUAGAUCAGCAGUCCCUUCAACAUCAAAACCAGCAAUUUAGGCAAGUAGCAUAUCAAGACAUGCAAUCAGAAGUCAAGUUACUGACCCAAGAAUGGAAAUCUAAGAAGGAAUUCCACAGCAGGAAAUCCUCAAAGUGGCAAUCCCUAGACUGGGAAAACAAAAAUUGUCCAUCUCUAAAGUCACAUAAUUUAGAGCAGCAAAACAAAGUCUUGCAAUAUCCAAAACAGAAAUCCCCAGACCUGCAAAUUCAAGGCCAGCAAUCUCCAAAAAGGAAAUCCCUUGACGAGCACAUCAAGGACUGGCUAUCCCCAAAGAGGCACUCCAUAGAUAAGCAAAUCCAAGUUAAGCAAGACAGACAGCAACACCCAGAUCAGCAAGCUGAAGACCUGCAGGUCCAAGAGCAGCUACAUCAAGAUGGGCAAUUCCAAAUCCAGGAAUACCAAGGCUGGCAAUUUUCAGGCCAACAAUCCCAAGAUUGGAGAGUUCAAAGCUGGAGAAGCAAAGAUUGGAAAGUGCAGGAAAUGCAAGUAGAUAUGCCACAUUCCCUAAAGUGGGACUCUCAAAUCCUGCAAACCCAAGAUCUAUUAGAGAAAGAAUCCCUAAAGCAGACAGCUCUACAACAAGAAGCCCAAACUGUGCAUGCCAUAACUCGACAUCAACAAUUACAAAGCAUUCCAUUUCAAGACAGUCAGUAUCAAGGUAAGAACCAACAAGACCUUAAAUCCACAGAUAUCCAAAAAGAAGAUAUGCAAAUAGACACCAUGCAAACAAGAGACAACAAACCAAAAAACAUGAAACUUGAGAGCCAAGACCUAUACAACCUGCAGUCGGAAGACAAAAAGCCAGAUUUUAAUUGUUCUUCCCGCGAAGGCUCAAUACAAGACACACAUUUCACUUCUAUGUCUGACAUAAAUUCAGAACAAGAUAUGCAGAAAAACAUUUCAAUUUGCUCAACUUCAUACCAAGAUGAUACUACUUUAACUUCUACCUCAUGUUCCCCAAAAGACCAACAGCAAUCUGAAGACUCUGACUAACACAAAAUCUACCCAAAUGCCACACUGCUCCUGAUUAUGGAACCAAAAUAAAGAAAAACAAUAUAGUCUCCUCCAACCUAUGUUCUCAAGUAUAGUUGCUACCUUAUUCACUCAGCAGAAAACAAAGGGCAUGCAUAACACUCAAAGAAUUUGUCCUUAAUUAAAAUAAAAUGGCAACAAAUAUUAAUGCU